CAGGAGUUCUCCCUUCACCAGAACAACAAACCCAAGGUGGAAUUUCCCCACUUGCCAGCUCAGGGGUGACUGUUUGGCAAGAAAAGUGAGGGGUUUGGUGGAGCCUUUACACCUUCUGCUGCCUUGGCCCGGGUUUCUCCUUGCUGUGUGUUGGUGGGACUCCUUUUUCUUUUUUUUUUUUCCCCUGGAAAACUAAAAAAUGGAAAAUGGGGAUCCCUUGCUUGAGGUGGCUGCUGCAGGAUGGGGGAAAAAGGCUGGAGAAGCAAGAACACCCUGAGAGAAGAAGAACACCCUGGGAGAAGAACAACACCCUGAAGAAGAACAACACCCUGAAGAAGAACAACACCCUGAGAGGAGCAAGAACCCCCUGAGAGAAGCAAGAACACCUUGAGAGAAGAAGAACACCCUGAGAGAAGAAAGAACUCCUCGAGAGGAGCAAGAACACCCUGAGAGAAGAACAACACCCUGAGAGAACAACACCCUGGGAGAAGAACAACACCCUGGGAGAAGAACAACACGCUGGGAGAAGAAGGAACUCCUCGAGAGGAGCAUGAGCACCCUGAGAGAGGCAAAAACACCCUGAGAGGGGCAAAAACACCCUGAAAGAGGACCAAGAACACCUUGAGAGAAGAAUAACACCCUGAGAGAGGAGCAAGAACACCCUGAGAGAGGCAAGAACACCCUGAGAAAGGCAAGAACACCCUGAGAGGGGUAAGAACACCCUGAGAGGGGCAAGAACCCCCUGAGAGAGGCAAGAACACCCUGAGAGGGGCAAGGACACUGAGACAAGAGCAAGAACACCUUGACAGAAAUAUCCCUGGCAGCUUCUGGUUUGAGAACUUUGUAACAGGUUUUGGCAGAGAAGGAAGAAAAAAAAAAAAAAAAAGCGAAAACCCCAAAGGCACCAAAACCCCAAAGCUCUGUGAGAGUCCCCGCGUUGGGUGCCACCUCUUCCUUGGUGACAUAGCUGUCCCCAUUGCCAUCCUCACCCUCGGACCGGCUCCGCUCCUGCGCUCCCCCCUCUUCUCCCUUCCCCUCCGCGCAAGAUGCGCGGGGGGCUGCGCUCCGCGCUCCGAGCCUCCUGUUUCUUUCCGCUGAUAUUUCUGCUGCUCUCUCCGAGGGAGAUUGUAUUGGGAACUGCUGCAGCAGCAUGGAAUAGGAGGGACAGGUUGGAUCCCUUGGACCUAAGCAGGGAUGAGUAUUACCGAGUCCAAGACAGUGAACUCUACUGCAGAAAGUGCCCUGCAGGCACCUAUGUUACAGAGCACUGUCAUGAGCAGAGGGGCUCCAGCAAGUGUUCACCAUGCACAUCAGAUGGAUACAUUGCAUACCCAAAUGGCUUCACCAAGUGCCUGGGCUGCCAGACCUGUAGGGAAGAUCAGGUGGAGCUGAGGCCCUGCCAACCCACCAGCGACACGCAGUGCGCCUGCAGGAACGGCACCUUCUGCUCCCCGGAUCAUCCCUGUGAGAUGUGCCAGAAGUGCCAGCCCCGGUGUGGUGAGGGGGAAGUGGAGCUGGCUCCCUGCACGCCGCACAGCGACCGCCGCUGUGGUCCUGCCACCCCCAGCAGCUCCAGCUUAGCUGGCUACCAGAUUGCACUCAUAGUGCUGGCACCUGUGGUCCUGCUCACUCUUGUCUGCUGCUGUUUCUGCUGCUGCCAGUCCCCAGGAGACAGGAGGGACCUGAGCAGGAAGUGUUGCAGCACAAUGAACUACCUGAUGCAGCAGGUGAGAAGGUACCAUCAGAGGGACCUGGGGACAAGGGACAAUGAUCACAACACACGUGUCUACCAGGAUCAGCUGCUCCCUGGGAAAUCAGAUUCAGGGAUUCCCAGUGCUCCAGGACUAGAGGCUGUAAGAUUGUCUCUUACUGCACCACCCAGGAGGAAGCUGGUCUCAGUGACAGAAGGAGACCCCAUUACCAUUUUACGCCGUUCUCUGGACAUCUUUGCCCAGGAUGUGCCCUGCAAUGAUUGGAAAAGAUUUGGUCGAGCCCUUGAUCUGAGUGAGAAUGACAUUGGCCUUGCCUUUAUGCACAAUGAAUCUUCCCUGGAGCCCUUCUUCCAGAUGCUCAACACCUGGCUGAGCAGACAAGGGAUGAAAGCUUCUGUGGACAUCCUGCUGGAUACCCUGCACAAGAUCAAUCUGGGAGGGAUUGCAGAGACCAUCACCUCCAAGCUGGUCCAGCAGGGAGAUUUCCAGUAUGAAGACAGUUGAGAAGCAGGAGAGGCUUCUCCCCACUUCAAGAUGAAGCCAUAAAUACCUCAAAGGACAUUUAAAUUUUAUCCUUUUUUAAAAAAAAAGCUGUUUUGUAGCUCUUUUUUGAGGCAUUGUACACUUCAGCUGAGCCUGAGGGAGUUGAUGCUCUCAUGAACUACAAACCUCAUGGUCCUUUCCUCAAGGUCCUCAAGGACCUUUCCUUUUCCUACAAGCUUGAUGUUGGUGUUUCCUUCUGAAAUCCCAAAUGGUGCCUUCAAUUCACUGCACCCAAGCCAAAAACCUUGAAACUCUUGCAAAAUCUCCCUGUGGGACUGUUGCUUGGAAGCACUGGUACUACCCAGACAUCUUCAGGAUCAGCUCAGAGAAGGGCCUUUGCAGGAUCCCUGCUGAUUUUUCAACUGGAUCAUCCUUUUGGUUUGGAUCAUGCCAUGCCUUCUGCUUGUAGAACAUCUCUAAGGUGGCCAGCAAGCUUCAUACUGUACACUCAGUGGGCAAAUCUCAACUGGGUUUUGGGUUUAAAGCUGUUGAACUGAUUAUUGGGGUUUUUUUUAAGUAGGUGGUGGUUCUGCUUGCUGUGAGGAAUCAGUUUGAAAGUGGACUUGGAGGAAGGGAGGGAGAACCCCAGUGAUCCCAGAGCUCUAGCCUUGCCUAAGGGAAGGCUGGGAAACAUGAGCAGCAAACCAGUGGUGGGCCAGAAACCUUUUUUUCCCUGAUUUUGGUUAAUUCCUCUUCCCUUGGCCAUGGGGUGGCUUUGCUGUCCCUGUCACUCUCCAGCCAGCAUGGAAAGAUGAAUGCACUGAGUGCCCAGCAGGUCUGGGGGUACCCACCAACCAUCCUCAACCCCUUUACCCCUGCUCAGGUUCUCACCUCAAGCUCAGGACAACUUGGCUGGGAAAAAAAAUUAAUUAAAAUAUCCCAAACCAAACUCCUGCACUACUUGAGUCCAACCCCCCCAGGACCUUUCCCAACACAAUGGGAAAGCACCAGCAGCAUUGCCAGCCCCUCUCAGCACCCAAGGGUGCUGGUUUGGGCUGGGA